CCUAGAGAUGACCGAAGGAAAGCUGCGGGCAUGGAUUUCAUUCCCAGGAGCACCGUACACGCAGGCUUCCGCAGUAAAAGCUUGCGGAGACGUGCUCUUGCCGCUCGGAUGGGAGAUCGAGGAAGGCGAUGGUUCAGAAGCUCCAGUUUCACAGCAGCUAUAUUUGGCCGACUACGACCUCCUGCCUUUUGAGCAACUUCACCCUGCCUCCUUCACACCAGAUUCAAUCAAACCGCUGCUCCCUCAACUCUCGUCAUAUCCGAUUCGCAAGUCCCUGAUUCGCAAGAACUACCUGGCGUCUAGCCUACAUGCAGCCCAACUCAAGAAAGGGAGCAACAAGCGGAUCACGCCGGCAACGUGGGUAUUUGAGGCCACCUGCGCAGAUGAUCUGGAUGAACUCUUGAUGGACGAUCUGUAUGACGUCAGAGAAGCGCUAGAGAAAGGAGAAGGAAAGUGGUUUAUCUUGAAACCAGCGAUGGCGGACCGAGGUAUGGGUAUCAGACUAUUCAACAGCGUGGACACCUUGAGAGAGAUUUUCGACGAAUUCGACGCUGAGGAUAGUGAUGGAGAGAGCGAGCAGGAGAGCGAGCAAGGGAAAGAAGAAGGCAAGACAGAGGAAAAGGAGGCUGAAAGGCAGACACAAGAGCAGGAGCAGACGCAGAAAGGAGAAGCGGAGCGUGCAUAUUAUCAAACAGCAAGCACCGUUGUUAUGAUGAGUCAGCUCCGCCACUUUGUGAUUCAGGACUACAUUUGCGACCCAUUUCUCGUUACACCUCCUGGAGCUUCGCAAAAACACAAAUUCCACUUGCGAGCCUACGUUCUGGCCCAAGGGAGUCUUCGCGUCUUCCUUUAUGAUGAGAUUCUUGCUCUCUUCGCACCCCUUCCCUACGCACACCCAUCCUCCUCUCCAGAUGGAAGCGGGAAUUUGCGGGCACACCUUACUAAUACCUGUCUUCAAGGGGCGACGUCUUUCGCGACAGUGCAUCUAUUAGAUGACCUUAAGGAUCGCUUAGGCGGGCAAGCGGUCCUAGAUGACAUCAAGAGGCAGACAAACGAAGUGGUGGCCGAGGCUUUCUCUUCUGCAGCAUCGGCGGGACGAAUCCACCUGCAAACAUGGCCUCAUGCAUGGGAGCUUUUCGGAGUGGACUUGAUUGUGUCAAAUGCUGAAGCAGGGGCCUCACCGUCUGUUCUACUCUUGGAGAUCAAUGCUCAACCCGACUUUGCGCAAUCUGGGCCCGAACUUCAAGGAAAGAUCGACCAGCUCUUCACACGUACGUUGCAAAUCACCGUCCUCGAUCAAGGGACCGAGGCUUGGUCAGUUGGCGAAUCAAGAGAUCGCAUGACCUUGUCGCUAGAUCUCACUCUCUCUGCUGGAGGCUGGUGAAAAACAUCAAUACACAUUGGCCUGCUGAAAGGGGUUCGCCCUUGCAUCAUCUUCUCGAC